AUGGGGAACAGACAGAGUAAUGCCCUGUAUGAUAUAGCACUGGACGUGGAAGUGUUAAAUGGGAAAGCGGAUGCAUGUAAAAAAAGUAACGGCCAUCUUGCAUCUAUCCACACUGAAGACAUAAACAAAUAUGUGAAUGGCGUUGCACUGCAUUAUAACAGUAAUGCAUACCGGAGCUGGCUUGGAGGCUACAGACCUGAAAACUCCCAUGAUUUUUAUUGGAUUGAUGGAUCAAAAUGGGAUUAUCAAAGAUGGGGUUUAACUGAGAACUGGAAGAAAUCAAACCGGGAUUCAUGUGUGCAAAUGAACCACAGAAAAAAAGGAGUCUGGGAAGUGGCUUUCUGUUCUGAAUCACGAUCUUAUGUGUGCAAACUGUGAGAAGUCAGAAAAAAUUACGUCCCAUCAUUGCAUCUCACUGUACUUGACGGAACUCUGUUAAAAUCUUAAGUCAUGAUGGAACUCUGUUAAAAGCUGAGGUCACAUGACUCACUUACAUUUUGACUGCUUUGCUAAUCAGCUGAGUAGCUGUUCUGACGCAUUAAACCUUUUCAGUGACAACCUGCUUUUUUACUGAUGCUCUUUCCUGCAUUUGUUAUACAUUUAAUUUUGUAAUGCAGUCUCUCUCUCUCUCUCCCCAAGUCUCAUAACCCAGUAUUUUACCUUAUGUAUUCAAACAUGGUAUUUUUAUCACAGCCUGCAGAUGGCACUAAUGAAAAAGUAAAUGAUAGACAAUUGAUACUAUCUUAUGUAAACCCCCUAUUGCGUAGAAUUAUACACAGUGUAACCACAAUUAUCUAUGCAACACAAAGAAGGCUUAGAUGUCUCCAGCAGAUGCUUAUGAUAAAUAUGCUGUUCACAAAAUUUUGUUAAAUAAGUGUAAACCAUGCCAGAGAUAGGCAUGUUCAUUUAAGAGGAUUAUACAGAAAUUUCUCAAAAUCUAGACUUUUAAAACUUUAUAAUUAUAUUCAGUGCAUGUGAUGUCUAGUUGUCUCAUUCCUCUACUUUUUUAAUCCAAAUUGGAAUUCUGAUUUGUAAAAAGGCUGGAAAAGUUCAUAUAAUUGUAAACUGUAACAUUUGCCUUCCAAACCCAGUGAUAAAAAUAUAUGGAGCUCAUCUAUUCAUGCUGAGAACUCUGAAGUCUUUGUAUUAUGCUUGGUACCUUAAUAAAGCUUGGCUAAGCAUCAACUUGAA